AUGAUACAAUCAUCGGUUCUAUACCUUUUAGGUUCUUUGCUAUUUAUACAUGCUGCAUAUUCGUCGUUCGAAUUUCACCAAUUGUUAAAAACACACAUUGAAUACGACUAUUUACCAUUACCAACGGAAAUUACAGUCGAGGUUAUAUUGGCAUUAGUUACAUUUAUAAUUGGAUCAAUAAUAUCAGUUGAAAAUGGACCCAAGUUAUCGAUUGAUAAUAAGUUGAUUCAACAAGAUGAUAAGUAUUUGAAGAAAAUUGAAAUGAGGAAAGCUAUGAGAGAAUUUGAAAAGGUCGGUAUCAGUGGGUUUGAAGAAUACGACUCUAGAGUCGAUUUCAUCGAUAUAAAGCAAAAGAGGAAAGAAUAUAGCGAUUGGCUUAAUAAAUAG